ACUACUGAGCAGCACAAAUGGAUGUGCGACAUAGUUUAGAGUAGCUGAUCUGACUAUAAAUAUAAAUGUAUAUUAACCGAGUAUAUUUUAUAUAAAGCCAGUGGAAAUAUGUCAGUCCAUCACGAAUCGGAGCCCAAACUGUACCGCUACAGCAGGACUGUGUGCGGGAUCUUCACGCAUGUGCUGUGCGCGCUGUUCACCGGCUUCAUCACUGCUCUCGCCAGACCCUCGUCCAGUCUGUUCUCAUGGCAUCCAUUCUUGAUGACUCUUUCUUUCUCCUUUUUGAUGACCGAAGCCAUCCUGCUCUUCAACCCUCACUCAUCUCCCGUCAGCAAGUUAAAACACAAAACUAAAGGCCGCCUGCAUUGGAUUCUACAAUGUUUGUGUGUUUUCUGUGCCACUUUGGGCCUUUUCGCCAUAUUUUACAACAAAAGCCUCAACGACAAGCCGCACUUCACGUCCUGGCACGGUUUAAUCGGUGUGGUAACGGUCGCGGUCGUCGUGUUUCAGGCGGUCGCUGGACUUCCGCUUCUGUAUCCAAAACUAGCCAAAAACUGGACUCUGGCUAAACUGAAGCGAUACCACGCCACCUCAGGUUUACUCACCUAUCUGCUGGGCAGUUUCAGUUUGUUUCUUGGGCUGUGUUCGACGUGGUUUAGCGGUGCUGUGAGCGGGUACGUGUGGUAUCUGGCAGUUCUCUGUCCGGUUGUUUGCGCGCUGGUCGUUAUGAGUCAAGUAACGAACGCUUAUAUGGCGCGAAAACGAAUGCAGUAUUGAAAUACAUGGUUAAAAUGAUAUAGAAACUGAUGUAGAGCUUUUAUUACUUAUAUUUGUUGUUAUAUUUUGUAUAAUACUGAUGGCAUUAAUUCUAUUUUUUGUUUUGUCAACUCCAGCAAAUCAAAUUUAUUCAACUACAAUUUAAUAAUACAGUAUUUGGUUGAAUAACCCUUUUUCUUCCCAAUUACAGCAGUUAUUUGUUAUUCUGACCAAUCAUUUUAUGGGGAUAAAAGCUCUAAAUGAGAAUUUUAUUUGUUAUUUUGAAGAAACAUUAUUUGAACUUUACAAUAUAGCUACAUUUGAACAAAAUUUGACGAAUGCAGUUCAGAUUAUUUGUUAAUGACAGAGAUUGUAAACUUUAAUAGCCGUGUCAGAUUUACAAGUUUCUGAGCUUAUGUUUUUUUUAAAGAAAUGUUUGGACUGUGUCAGUUUAAUGAAAUACUCAUUGCAAAUAGAUUGAAGAAGUGCUUUGCAAAUACUUCAGCUAAAAAUUAAAUUGUGUAUUUUUACAAGUUUUA